AUGGGCGCACAAGUUGUUCCAUCAGCCUCUCACGGCAUGCCGGCCCUGGAAGUCGCUGAGCCAAAUCCUCCGCAUAUGAUUAGCCGCGCAACCAAGGGAGGACGCACCCUGUGGUACUGCUUGAAGGUCAUCCAGCAACCCGAGCGCGCGAGAGCAUGCGGUUCAGGCCCAAACCAGUUUGCUAACAUGGCAAUAGCAUCGGCUGACCGUCGUCCCGUCGACCCGCCUCCCGUUGUGGAGCUGCGCGUCUAUGAGGGCCAUACUUGGGAGGCGGCCCAGGAUAAGGAUAUCACUUUCCUGUACAACGCCAACUUCUUUCUCUACGCCACUCUCGAACAUGCCAGAGUCAUGGCCCACGGUCGCGUUCAGACCCCAGCAGCCAACACGCCGCCCGUCUUGACCGGUAUGCCCGUGUCUGGAAUGGCCUAUCUGGACCGUCCUACCGAAGCCGGCUAUUUCUUGUUCCCUGAUCUGUCUGUCAGGCACGAGGGCCGUUAUAGACUGACGUUCAGCCUCUACGAGGAGACCAAGGAGGACAAGGAUAAGGACCCGCAGAGCGACAGCUCUGCCUCCGAGGGCCAGAGCUCCAGCCCGGCCCAGGGAGGCUCCUUUGACUUCAGGAUGGAGGUCAAGUCGCAGGACUUCGUCGUCUACAGCGCCAAGAAGUUCCCUGGUUUGGCUGAAAGCACCGCUCUCAGCCGCAUGGUUGCCGAGCAAGGCUGCCGUGUCCGCAUUCGCCGCGAUGUUAGGAUGAGACGGCGUGAUGGAAAGGGUGCUGGUGACUAUGACAAUGGCGAUGAGGAGUAUGCACGAAGACGUUCUCGAAGAACCGCGACGCCCGUGGCCGAUGCUCGGCCUGACUUCAACCGCAACCGAUCGAUGAGCGGAAGCGCGGAACGGGCUCCCUACCCUGCCGACUCGCAGCGCCGCCCAUCGAUGGCCGACUACCCUUCGCAAUUUCCUGGACAGCCAGGCUCCCAGGGAGGGCACCUUCAGUUCCUCAACGGAGGCCCCAACGGCCAGUAUCCUUCUCAGCCACCACCUCAAAACUUUGCUCAACCUCCCUCGGUUCCCGCUUCACCCGUGUACCCACCAAGCCAGGCGGCGCCGUACCCAUCGCAGACUUCGUACCAGGCUGCUCCUCCACCACCGCCCCCUUCGUACAGACAGCGCGAGCGAACGCCUUCGCAGUCGUCGUAUGCGCCUCUCAACCCGGCUCCUCGUCGCGACAGCGCGCAACCACAGGGCUUCAGGUCAUCCUCUGGCCACGUCACCCUCCCUCCCUUGGUUCCGGCUUUCCCGCAGCACAACUCGCACCGCAUGCCGCCGCCCAAGAUGCCGUCCCUGCCGCCUAUUCAGGUCGACGGACCCCAAACCAGCACGCUUCCCGGCGCCAGCCAGCUCCCGUUGCCGAGUCCGACGGCGCUUCAGGCCGCUCGUCCCAACUUCCCGGCGCCGGCUGCCGGCCCCGUUGACCGCAUCAUGACAACGCAGUACGCCGGCUCGAAGCGGGCCCACGACCAGUCCUUCAAGACUGCUGACCAACCUAGGCGAUUCCAGGAUGGUGCCCGCGACGAGGGUUCCUCUGAGGAUCCAGAUGCCGGGCUUGGGCCCAUGAUCUACUCGAGAGCGGCUGGAUUUUAUACUACGGUUCCGGCCGACCAAUGUCCCGAGUAG